GCCAGCCACGUCCUGCCUCAGAAAAAUAACAAAUAUUGUGCAUUUCCUUUUUUUUUUUUUAGCUUUUAAACGUUCGUUCCAUCAUCGAUCUUUUUGGUACAUCGAGUUCUGUUGAAUUAGUUUUUCAUAAGCAUAUAAGAAGACUUUGAUGGGAAGGAUGAAAAUCAUGUCUUCGCCCGAACAGGAGAGGAGAUGUGGCGUUCAGCUGCUGAGCGCGCUGCUGCUGAUGAUGCUCUCGCUCUCUGGUUGUUCAAGCAUGGAUGUGAUAGUGCCCAGUUACAUCAAUGCACUCAAUGGAACAACUGUCAUAAUCCCCUGCACCUUCACUUCCUGCUAUAAAAUUGACCUCACCAAGUUUGCUAUGAAUUGGACGUAUCAAGAGAGCCUGAACAGCACAGAGGAGAAGUUCAUGACUUAUGAUAAGAAAAAAGGAAUGCAACCAGUGCCGUUGAACCGCUUCGGAGAUAGGGUGGAGUUUUCUGGGACCUUGGAUAAAAACGACUUAUCAAUCAAGCUAACGGAUGUUCAACUUGAGGAUGAGGGGAUUUACAAUUGUUACGUGAGGAACCCUCCAGAUCGCAUCCAAGGACAUGGUGUCAUUAAAUUCAGUGUGGUCACAGAACUUCCCCCUCCAAGAGAUUCAACCAUUGCUGUUGCUAUUGGGGCAUCAGUGGGAGGAGCUUUGGCUCUUCUGAUCCUCUCAAUGGUGGUUGUGAAAUGUCUUCGUCGACAUCGAAAGCAAGAACUGAUUUCAGAGGAAAAGAUGGAGGAGGAGGGAAAGCUCGAGCCUGAAGCUGUUGCAGAAGAGGGAACAAAAUUACCAUAGUAACCUAAACCAGCAUCUAUGGAUCAUCAUCUCCAUCCAUGAAAUGUGCACCCCCUCCUUCAGAUGCUAUAGUAACCACUGCUCAAAUCAUCACUGACCAAACGGGUCUGUGUGUGCCCAGUGCACCGAGGGAAAUAUUGUUUGUAUGAAUGUAUCGAUGUACAUGUGGAUAUUCAUCCAUCCCCACCAGAAAUGGUCGCUUUUAGAUUUUCUUUUUUAUUUUCUUUAACAAAUCAGGGAUGUACAACUCUUGAAUUAGUUCAUUUUAAUCUCCAGAUUGGAUCAAUAAGAAUACGCAUUCUUGCCAUGUCCACGUUUACAAGGUAGUACCCAGCAAGUUUGCAUGGUAGAAUAACCUUAAAUGAUUAGCCACAUUUUUAUUUUACACCCAAUAUCUCUAAACAAUAAUAUUGUUAUUAAACAAUAUAUAUUGUUAAAUAUAUAUUGCAAUUUUUAUAAAUUAGAUACAGUGUUGCAAAACUCCAACCAUUAGAUGAUGGCAAAGUGCUUCCAGUAUGAUUUUUUUUGUAUGUGUAGAAUAUGAAUCAACAGGCAUUAGUGAUAUCCAUGCAGCAUUUUGGCUAUUGGGUAGUUCAAGGCAAAUAAAAGUGUAUAUUAAGUUAAAAGCUGUUAAAAACCGGAAAACAAUUAAAUGGCAAAUCUACAGGGAAGUUAUUAGUAAUGAUCCCAAUGAACAGAACUAUAUCUUAUGCUUUUAAUAGUUAACAGCUAUAAGCAUUGCCAGAGGCAUUAUAUUAAAAGGUGAAGGACACAUUUAGACAAAUGAAGAACAACAGUUUAUCGAAUAGUGAUCAUUUUUUUAAAGUGCUUCAUAAAAAAUAGGCAUUUACAAAGCAGGCUACAAUUUUUGGUGGUAAAAAUGUCAGCUUAAGUCAUCAUAGACGGUUUUUAAACAAUCUUUUUAGAUCUAAUAACUUUUUUUAGAAAAACAGGAUGAAAAUUAAAAGCAAUUACAUUUCUGUAAACUUAUUAAUGUAUGGUAAAUAGGCUGGUGAAGAAAAAACUUUGAUAUUU